AUGGUCUCUUACACCUCUACCAACAGUAACAAUAGUGACAAAUUGGUGAAGCCAAUGUCGUCAUCUUCACAACCACCCUCUGGUAGGUAUGUGGAUCAUCAUCAAGAUCCAUUGGAGGACCUCAGAAAAUCCUUCUCUAAAAAACAAAUGGGUAGACCCUUGGGCUCUAAGAACAAGCCCAAAACAUGCAUUGUUAUCGAGGAAGACACACAAAACAUCAUAGAGUGGGUAGGGCUUGAUAUCCCAAUAAGAGAAGAUAUUGUAGUGAAUAUAAUAAAACACGAUCAACAACUUCAACAUAACAUAAUUGUUUCUGGGGUUUCGGUCUUAUCUCUAACUAACAAUAGUGACACAUUGGUGAAGCCAAUGUCGUCAUCUUCACAACCACCCUCUGGUAGGUAUGUGGAUCAUCAUCAAGAUCCAUUGGAGGACCUCAGAAAAUCCUUCUCUAAAAAACAAAUGGGUAGACCCUUGGGCUCUAAGAACAAGCCCAAAGCAUGCAUUGUUAUCGAGGAAGACACACAAAACUUCAUAGAGUGGGUAGGGCUUGAGAUCCCAAUAAGAGAAGAUAUUGUAGUGAAUAUAAUAAAACACGAUCAACAACUUCAACAUAACAUAAUUGUUUCUGGGGUUUCGGUCUUAUCUCUAACGUUACCAUUCUUGAUCUAG